GUGCAGCUAGUUUCCUAUUACAGGUCUGCAAAAUCAACUCGGAUCAUUUAUUUAAAAAUUGAACCAUUAAGAUGGACCUAAGAAUAAUAUUGGCCAUCACCUGUGGCGUCAUUUUUGUCCUUGUUGUCAUUAUUGUUCCACCGUCAGUGCUUCUCUCUCCUCGAACCUCCCAGUUCAGGUCAACAUUCAGGAAGAAAUGUCAGGCAUUCUCAGAGACACCCCAAAGAUGUGACGAUCUAUUGAGUUUGUUUGAGGAUGCUUAUGUGGGGCUGGACUCGUGUGACUUUCCGUUGGAUGCCUAUGACCAGCUCUUUACGAAGAACCCCUUCACACACUCAUGUGGCAAAACAAUGUUCUGGAGCAAAACAAAAGGUCUGGUCCAUGAGUUUACUAAGAAGAGGGAUCAUUUUAUCACCUUAGAGGACACGCUGCUGGGCUACAUAAUGAAUGAUCAGACCUGGUGCGGAAAGAAGGGCAGCAAAGAAACCUACACCUAUCUGUGUGACAAGUGCAUAAUCAACCCUGAGACUUCAUUCUGGAGGAAAGCAUCAGCUGAAUUUGCAGAUUAUGCCUGUGGGGAUGCCAGUGUAAUGCUAGACAGACGGACCCAGGAACCAUUUGAUCCUACCAGUUAUUUUGGUGCUAUUGAAGUGAAGAGACUCGUUCAUCCCAGGGUGGUUAACCUGAAGGUCAUUUUGGUUACUAGAGACAAUAACUUAAACUGUAACCGAGAGUCUCUGCAGCUGUUGCAGAACAUGCUGGAUCCAAACAUCACCUACAGCUGCACGCCUGUAUCUGAGUCCCGUAUCCGCUACUGCAUUGAAAGGGGUUUAACCACCGAGGCCUGCUGGAGUUAAACCUUUCUGACAUCAAACGGUCAGAAAGAAGCUGGGAAGACAUGUGUUCUUUUUCAUUCUGUCACAAAACUCAACAAUAUUCUUUUCAUUACUAGAUUAACUGCAAGUACAGCCGGAGCACUUGCUCUGAAACAGUCAUGUGUCAUCUUUUAAUCCUAUGGUUCCUUUUUUGGGGGGAUUUCUCAGCCAUUUCUCGUUCCAGCAUAGCUUUGAUCCAUUCAGGCAUUCAGGUUUUGGCUUGUUUGGUUAGACACCACUGCGUUUCAUCUGUGUUGACGUUUACGUUUUUCUUCAUUCACACAAAUGUAGAUUUGUUGAUUUGCUUUGGAUUAUUUUCCUGUUGCACGACCCAGUUUCAACAAAGUCUGAGAUGUAGCUCUUGUUUUUGUUUGUUUAACCUUAUAUGGGGUUGAUCAUUAGCAGCAUUUGGCUUUAACUUACUACCUUUAAACCUACUGAAGCAGUAAGGGGAUACUUAGUAUUGCCCACAUGUUCCUUUUCUCUUUGUGACUUCAUUUUUGUUAAAUGUGUAAUUAUUGACUCAGAUCUGAACUUCAACAGCCAUCUAAAGUUUAUCAAUAAAUCUGCUUAUUACCACCUGAAAAACAUUGCUAGAAUUAAGGGGAUUCUGUC